UCCCCCCGACGGCCUGUCUACACCCCGGGAUCUGGAGAUGCACUCUGUGCCCGAGGCCUGGCAGCAGGCCGCAAGCGGCAGGCUCCCUCUCUGCUAGACAUUUUCUCCCUGCCUGGGGCAGGGACCCUGAGCAGGGGUGCCGAGGCUGAGGAGGGGCACAGUCUCAGCCUCAGACUCUUGCAGCGCUGCCCUCUGGGGCCGCGUGAGGGGAGCGCGGCCAACCAGAACCCCAACACAAACGCCGGCCCAUCACAGCGGGGUUAAAAGGAAGCCAAGGUCGCGGAGCCCUCUUGGAGCUGAGCUCCAGGGCUGUGGGCCCGGCAGGGAUGUCGCGCGCGCCCCUCGGUCGGCUCUGAUCGGAAGCACCGCGUCGGAAGGGACCCCUGCUCUGGGGAGCGCAUCCGCGAGCACUGCUCCAGGACAUAGCUGGACCCAGAGUCCCCGAGCCCGAAGCUAGGGCGCGACUCCAUCUCCGCAGCCGCGGUCCCCACCUCUACGCCACCGCGGAGCUGACAGGCUCAGUCCCGGCCCGGCCCGGCCCGACCCGCUCCGUCCUCGCCCGAAUGAUUGCGCAUCUCCCAGCUGCGGCGGAUAUGUGGCCGUCCACGAGGAGGCUAGCCGCCCCGCACAUGCUGUAGCUCCUCCCGGACGCCGCCAGAGCGUCCCCGGUGACCCGCUGCGCACCAUGGAGGCCCCAUAUUCGAUGACCGCGCACUACGACGAGUUCCAGGAGGUCAAGUACGUGAGCCGCUGUGGCGCAGGGGGUGCUCGGGGGACCUCGCUGCCGCCCGGCUUCCCGCGGGGCGCGGGGCGCAGCAGCUCGGGGGCGCGCACCGGGCUGCCGCGGUGGAACCGGCGCGAGGUGUGUCUACUGUCGGGGCUAGUGUUCGCCGCCGGGCUCUGCGCCAUCCUGGCCGCGAUGUUGGCGCUCAAGUACUUGGGUCCAGGCGCGACGGGCGGCGGCACCUGUCCCGAGGGCUGCCCGGAGCGCAAGGCCUUCGCGCGCGCCGCGCGCUUCCUGGCCGCCAACCUGGACGCCAGCAUCGACCCGUGCCAGGACUUCUACUCGUUCGCGUGCGGCGGCUGGCUGCGGCGCCAUGCCAUCCCCGAUGACAAGCUCACCUAUGGCACUAUCGCGGCCAUCGGCGAACAGAACGAGGAGCGCCUGCAGCGGCUGCUGGCUAGGCCGGCGGGAGGCCCGGGCGGCGCGGCACAGCGCAAGGUGCGCGCCUUUUUCCGCUCAUGCCUCGACAUGCGCGAGAUCGAGCGACUCGGGCCGCGGCCCAUGCUCGAGGUCAUCGCGGACUGCGGCGGCUGGGACGCAGCGCGCUGGGACCUGAACCGGCUGCUCUACAAGGCGCAGGGCGUGUACAGCGCCGCCGCGCUCUUCUCGCUCACGGUCAGCCUGGACGACAGGAACUCCUCGCGCUACGUCAUCCGCAUUGACCAGGAUGGGCUCACCCUGCCGGAGAGGACCCUGUACCUGGCUCAGGACGAGGAGAGCGAGAAGGUCCUGGCAGCCUACAGGGUGUUCAUGGAGCGCCUGCUCGGCCUGCUGGGCGCCGAUUCCGUGCAGCAGAAGGCUCAGGAGAUCCUGCAGCUGGAGCGGCAGCUAGCCAACAUCACCGUGUCAGACUAUGACGACCUGCGAAGGGAUGUCAGUGCCAUGUACAACAAGGUCACGCUGGGCCAGCUGCAGAAGAUCACCCCCCACCUGCGGUGGAAGUGGCUGCUGGACCAGAUCUUCCAGGAGGACUUCUCAGAGGACGAGGAGGUGGUGCUGCUGGCCACGGACUACAUGCAGCAGGUGUCCCAGCUCAUCCGCUCCACGCCCCACAGGAUCCUGCACAACUACCUCGUGUGGCGUGUGGUGGUGGUCCUGAGUGAGCACCUGUCACCCCCGUUCCGUGAGGCACUGCACGAGCUGGCCCGAGAGAUGGAGGGCAGUGACAAGCCUCAGGAGCUGGCCCGCGUCUGCCUAGGCCAGGCCAACCGCCACUUCGGCAUGGCGCUUGGUGCCCUCUUUGUACACGAACAUUUCUCGGCUGCCAGCAAAGCCAAGGUACAGCAGCUGGUAGAAGACAUCAAGUACAUCUUGGGCCAGCGCCUCGAGGAGCUGGACUGGAUGGAUGCCCAGACCAAGGCUGCUGCUCGGGCCAAGCUCCAGUACAUGAUGGUGAUGGUCGGCUACCCAGACUUCCUGCUCAAACCAGAGGCUGUGGACAGCGAGUAUGAGUUCGAGGUCCACGAGAAGACCUACUUCAAGAACAUCUUGAACAGCAUCCGAUUCAGCAUCCAACUGUCUGUCAAGAAGAUACGGCAGGAGGUGGACAAGUCCACGUGGCUACUCCCUCCUCAGGCGCUCAAUGCCUACUAUCUACCCAACAAGAAUCAGAUGGUGUUCCCCGCUGGCAUCCUGCAGCCCACCCUGUAUGACCCCGAUUUCCCACAGUCUCUGAACUACGGGGGCAUUGGCACCAUCAUUGGACACGAGCUGACCCAUGGCUAUGAUGACUGGGGGGGCCAGUAUGACCGCUCGGGGAACCUGCUGCACUGGUGGACAGAGGCCUCCUACAGCCGCUUCCUGCGCAAGGCCGAGUGUAUCGUGCGCCUCUAUGACAACUUUACUGUCUACAACCAGCGGGUGAACGGGAAGCACACUCUUGGAGAGAACAUUGCAGACAUGGGUGGCCUCAAGCUGGCCUACUAUGCCUAUCAGAAGUGGGUGCGGGAGCACGGCCCAGAGCACCCUCUGCACCGGCUCAAGUAUACACACAACCAGCUCUUCUUCAUCGCCUUUGCCCAGAACUGGUGCAUCAAGAGGCGGUCGCAGUCCAUCUACCUACAGGUGCUGACCGACAAGCACGCCCCUGAGCAUUACAGGGUGCUGGGCAGCGUGUCUCAGUUUGAGGAGUUUGGCCGGGCCUUCCACUGCCCCAAGGACUCGCCCAUGAACCCUGUGCACAAGUGCUCAGUGUGGUGAGCCCGGCCGCCUGCUCGCCCGCCCCCCACUGUCCCGCACGAGUCGAUGCCUGCCGGCUGCCGGGCAGGCAUGUGCCCUGGCUGCCCCGCUGUGGUUCCCUGACCCUCCCAGCCCUUCCAGCCUGGACCCCUGGCACCCACAGUCCCUCACUUCUGGAGGGGCCUGGAGCAGGGGUGGCAUGUACUCCGGGACACUGGGAGGAGACUGAGGUCCCUAUGCCCCCUGGCUGGAUCGUACAGGCCCUGCCUCCACUGUGUUCCUGCUGCUAAGCCUGGUCAAUAAAGCUGCUGUACUGUC